GGCUCCCGAUUUGAAAAUGCAGGAGCCGCUGCUGCUGCUGCUGUACCUGCUGAUGCAGCGGCGGGCGGGCGCGCAGGGCGACAUGGCCGGGCGCUGGGACGAGGGGCAGCGGGCCGCCUGGCUGCGGCAGUACUACACGCAGCGCCAGAAGCGCCUCAUGACGCUCCUGAUCGCUCGCCGGAGGAGAACCAGCUGUUAUUUCUACCCCCGCGCAUGGCCCAGCAUCAGGAACGCAGACUGGUGGGAACGGGUGGUCAUGAAGGAAUUCCGGCCCCAGGACUGGCUGGAGAAGUUUCGGAUGUCCAAGGAGACCUUCUUCUAUGUAUGUAACCAGCUGCGGCCAGGGCUGGCUCAUCAUGGUGCCCACUUUCACUCCACGCUGCCCCUGGAGAAGAGAGUCGCCGUGGCCCUGUGGCACUUGGCCACCAAUGUGGAGUAUCAGACUAUCAGCCCACUCUUCGGUGUGGGACCUGCCACAGUUCAGACAUGUGUCAGGGAGGUGAGUUACGCCGUGGUCUUGCUGCUAAAGCCGCUCUACCUUCGUCUGCCCAACGAGAAGGAGCUGGAGAACAUGGUGCGCAUCUUCCGUGCCCGCUGGGGCUUCCCGCACUGCAUCGGUGCCUUGGACAGCCUUCACAUCCCCAUCAACCCACCUCUGCGUCUCAGCGCUGACUACUGCAAUGGCCAGGGUUGGCACUCCAUCCUGACUCAGGCCACCGUGGACGGGCUGGGCCAGUUCUGGGAUGUCUCCACUGCCUUCCCUGGCAGCAUGGAGAACAGCGCUGUGCUGGAGAGCUCCAGCUUGUGGGUGCUGGCCAAGGAGGGCCGGCUGUGCCCUAACCCUCCCAAACAUUUCAUGGGGAAGGCACAGAAAUAUGUGCUGCUGGGUGAUGCCACCUACCCCUUGCAAGACUGGAUACUCAAGCCUUACCAGGAGGAUGAGAACCUCACUCAGCGGCAGCUGCAGUUCAACUACCGCCUCAAGCGGGCGCAUAGCGUGAUUGAGAACGCCUUCCUCCGCCUCAAGGCUCGCUGGCAGAUCCUCCUGAAGUGUGAUGACUGCAGCCUGGAGCUGCUGCCCACCCUCGUCCUCGCCUGUUGCAUCCUGCACAACGUGUGCGAAGCUCAUGACAACCCCUUUAACGAGGAGUGGCUGGAGGGCACCGAGCCAACCGAGCUGCCCAAACCAUGCCAGCCCGCGCCUGCCUCCAUGGAAGAUGGUCGGGCUGAGCAAGUGCGCGAGCUGAUGUGCCAGUAUUUUGAGACCUGCGGGGAGGGCUGAUAGGGAGGAAGAAGCAGCCAUGCACAUCCUUGCUCGCAGACUUCCCAUGAACUGCAGUGAACGUGACCAGAGCCCAGUGAUACCGGGCUGUUGAACAAGGACUGCAUCCUCUUGUGUUCUGCAAAAUGCUACCAGCAGAGCAAGGAAGGCUGUCGGAUGGGCUGGAUGGACCAGUCUUUGCUGGCUCAGUUGCUUGCAGGAGGGAGGCCAGCUGCAUCACGAUAAUACUGUUUUUGCCAUGGUGAUUUCAGGCAGUGGAAUGUACUUCUUGCCCUUGUUCUCUUCCAGGAUUUCAAUGAUCUUGUGAUGUGUUCUGUGCUGUAUAAAUAAAACAGGGAUCUAGGUUUGGCUAGAA